UGGUACACGGUUUAAUUUGGUUUGCAGACGCGUAGCUGUCUCUUUCUUAGUCGUGUCCGUGUUGUUGAGGAUUUCACGUGGUCCAGGAGAUGGCGUUGUAAGCUUUGAAGGAGAGAGAAGAGAGGCUGUAAGGAUGACUUAUAGUGGCUUUACCUAACAGAUGCAGAGGUGACAGCGUCUCAAACAUUUCUCUGCUGCUCUACAUCUCUUCUGACGCGCAGCAGCUGCUGUUUUGUUCUCGUCAAACAAGGGCUUUGAGCUCACUCGAUACAACAGAGACUGAACGUGUGAAUUGAACGAGGACGACAUAUUAUCAUUCUUUAAUUAAUGACCAGCAUCAUCAAUAUCUCAUGGAUGCAAAGUUAAAUUGCACGCGACAAACGGAAACAGAGGUGUUGAAGGUACCGAGUAUUGCGCCCUGCGGUGCUCUUCUCUAAGAGGAGGGUUUAAUCAGGGUCGUUAUCCGCCCCUUUAAUGCAAGUGUCCAUGGAGGACGGAUCCAUCUGGAGGACAUUACCAUCCAAAGUCCUUUACGGACACUUCGCACUGGCUUCAGUUAAAAAUGCGCGGCGUUUGGGUCGCCAGUAACACGGUUAUUUACAAUGAUGGGACCGCGCAGCCAGUCUCAGGCAGAGCCAAGCAUGACUCCGCCACGACGCUCAUCCACUGCUGCUGACAGUGUAGACUUACAAUUAUGCGAAACGUGCAAAUGGUUUCCAGACUACAAGUUGCCUACGGAGACUGUUCAGAGGAAUAACAGCAGUAAUUCUGGUGUUAUUCUGGACAUUUCCACCUUGAAAAUGGCCGACGUGGACUCUGAGGUGCCUCCUCUACCUCCACGAUACCGCUUUCGAGAUCUACUACUCGGGGAUCAAUCUUUUCAGAAUGAUGACAGGGUGCAGGUGGAAUUUUAUGUAAAUGAAAACACAUUUAAGGAGAGGCUGAAGCUGUUUUUCAUCAAAAACCAAAGGUCAAGUCUCAGAAUACGCCUCUUCAACUUCUCCUUGAAGUUAUUAACAUGCCUCCUUUAUAUAAUCAGAGUCUCACUUGAUGAUCCAACUAACCAGGUCACAUGUGCACGGAAACAUUGCACAAACAUCACAGAUGCUCUUUGCAGCAAAGCCUGUGGCAACUACACAACGAACCUGACUGCAGAUCCCACACAAAUAAACUGGGAGUUAAUAUUUUGGGUGAAUAGGAGAGUUCCUGUAUGGGCGAUACAGGUGACAGUGGCCUUAAUUAGCUUCUUGCAAGCAAUGCUCCUGGUGUAUCUCAGCUACAAGGGGAACAUUUGGGAGCAGAUUUUCCAAAUCUCCUUCAUCAUUGAGAUGAUCAAUACAGUGCCAUUCAUAAUUACAAUCUUUUGGCCUCCGCUGAGGAACAUAUUUGUUCCCGUGUUUCUUAACUGUUGGCUUGCCAAAUCCGCGCUGGAGAACAUGAUUAAUGAUCUCCAUCGUGCCAUUCAGCGCACACACUCUGCCAUGUUCAACCAGGUCCUCAUUCUGAUCUGCACUCUGCUCUGUCUGGUCUUUACUGGGGCUUGUGGGAUUCAGCACCUCGAGCGGGCAGGGAAGACUCUCACACUUUUCGAUGCUUUAUAUUUCUGCAUCGUCACCUUCUCGACUGUUGGUUAUGGAGACGUCACACCAAGAAUCUGGCCGUCUCAGCUACUCGUGGUCAUCAUGAUCUGUGUGGCUCUGGUGGUGCUGCCAUUACAGUUUGAGGAGUUGGCGUAUCUUUGGAUGGAGAGGCAGAAGUCAGGUGGAAACUACAGCAGACAUCGUGCUCAGACAGAGAAACAUGUGGUUCUCUGCGUCACUUCGCUCAAAAUAGACCUGCUUAUGGAUUUCCUCAACGAGUUCUAUGCCCACCCGAGACUACAGGAUUAUUAUGUGGUGAUACUCUGUCCCUCUGAGAUGGACAUCCAGGUGCGGCGUAUACUGCAGAUCCCGUUGUGGUCUCAGCGGGUCAUCUACCUCCAAGGCUCUGCAUUGAAGGAUCAAGACCUGAUGAGAGCCAAGAUGGACGAUGCCGAGGCGUGCUUCAUCCUCAGCAGCAGAAAUGAAGUGGACCGCACCGCAGCUGAUCAUCAAACCAUUCUGCGAGCGUGGGCUGUGAAGGACUUUGCUCCAAAUUGUCCUUUAUAUGUCCAGAUUCUCAAACCUGAGAACAAAUUCCAUGUCAAAUUUGCAGAUCAUGUGGUGUGUGAGGAGGAGUUCAAGUAUGCCAUGCUGGCCCUCAACUGUGUGUGUCCAGCCACUUCUACACUGGUCACACUCCUAGUGCACACGUCUCGUGGACAGGAGGGACAGAUGUCUCCAGAACAGUGGCAGAGGACAUAUGGCCGUUGCUCUGGGAAUGAAGUUUACCACAUUCGUCUAAUGGACAGCAAAUUCUUUGGCGAAUAUGAUGGGAAGAGUUUUACUUAUGCCUCCUUCCAUGCACAUAAAAAGUAUGGCGUCUGCCUUAUCGGCACAAAGAGAGAAGACAAUAAGAGCAUACUUCUGAACCCCGGCCCACGCCACAUCAUGUCUGCCACGGACACCUGCUACUACAUCAACAUCACUAAAGAGGAGAACUCUGCCUUCAUCUUCAAACAGGAGGAGAAGCACAGCAAAGGGCUGUCGGCCACCGGCGUGUAUGACGCCCCCUCUCGUCUCCCGGUGCAGAGCAUCAUCGCAAGCAUGGUUGAUCAGUCUACUUCAUAUGGAACUGUGGCCAUUGACCUGCAGAACCCAGAUCCCCCGGCUGACAGCAGUAAACUGACCCUGCCCACAGAGAACGGAGCUGGGAGCCGUAGACCCAGCAUUGCCCCUGUGCUGGAGAUCGCUGAUUCCUCUGCAAUCCUGCCUUGUGAUCUUCUCAGUGACCCCUCGGAAGAUGAGACCAACCAAUCGGAUGAGGAAGGAGCACCAUCCUUAGAGUGCAUUAAAGGCUAUCCUCCAAACUCCCCUUACAUUGGAAGCUCCCCAACCCUUUGUCACCUUCUGCAACAGAAGGCCUCAUUCUGUUGCCUACGACUUGACAAGGGUUGUCAGCACAAUAGCUUUGAAGAUGCCAAGGCAUAUGGUUUCAAAAACAAGUUGAUUAUCGUUUCUGCUGAGACAGCGGGAAAUGGCCUGUACAACUUCAUAGUGCCGCUGCGUGCUUAUUACCGAGCCCGGAAGGAGCUGAAUCCCAUCGUGCUGCUGCUGGAUAAUCCGCCUGAUAAUCAUUUUCUCGAAGCCAUCUGCUGUUUCCCUAUGGUGUACUACAUGGCUGGUACCAUUGACAAUUUAGAUAACCUGCUGCAGUGUGGCAUCAUCUACGCUGAUAACCUGGUGGUGGUGGAUAAGGAGAGCACCAUGAGUGCAGAGGAAGACUACAUGGCAGAUGCUAAAACCAUAGUCAACGUGCAGACCAUGUUUAGGUUGUUUCCAAGUCUCAGCAUAAUCACUGAGCUAACCCAUCCUUCUAAUAUGAGAUUCAUGCAGUUUCGUGCCAAAGACUGCUACUCCUUGGCUCUCUCCAAACUUGAGAAGAUAGAGAGAGAUAAGGGCUCCAAUCUGGCCUUCAUGUUCCGCCUCCCAUUCGCUGCAGGCAGAGUGUUCAGUAUCAGUAUGCUGGAUACUCUCCUUUACCAGUCUUUUGUGAAGGACUAUAUGAUUCUCAUUGCAAGACUCCUGCUCGGUCUAGACUCCACCCCGGGCUCCGGCUACCUCUGUGCUAUGAAGGUAACGGAAGAGGACUUAUGGAUCCGGACGUAUGGAAGACUUUUCCAGAAGCUGUGUUCAUCCAGCUCAGAAAUUCCCAUUGGGAUAUACCGCACUGAAUCUCACAUGUUCUCCUCCUCAGAGUCUCAGGUGUCUGUGGAGGACAGUGAGGACCCGCGCGACCGCAGGGAAUCCUGGAAAGAGAAAACCGCCCACAGAAACUCCACAGGGAGCGACCAAUCAGAGCACCCACUUCUGCGGAAGAAGAGCAUGCAGUGGGCGAGACGGCUGAGCAGAAAAAACACCAAAAUACCCAGUCGAGCUGAACGCAUCAGUCAACAGCGCAUGAACCUGUACCGACGCUCAGAGAGACAGGAGCUGUCAGAGCUGGUGAAGAACCGCAUGAAGCACUUAGGGCUGCCCACUGUGGGAUAUGAUCUACAUGGGGGUCCAAAGAUGUAUUGUAGAAGAAGAAACAUUUCCUGUAUUAUAAAAGAUGAAAUGAAUGAUAAUCAGAACACAUUGUCAUAUGUGCUGAUAAACCCUCCUCCGGACACCAUUCUAGAGCUCAACGACAUUGUCUACAUCAUCCGCUCUGAUCCGCUGGCACACGUCCCUGAGAAUCUCCCAGGGGCUCCGGCCGGUGCCAAGCUACGACAAGACUAUGGACCUGACACCAGGGACGAGACCCAUCUGUAAGAACAGGAAGUUCUUGUUAACCCUCUACCCUCCCUCCUCUGCCUUGAGCUGCUACAGUCUGCAUGAAGAGUGACAGGACACACAUCCAACCAACACGACCCAUGUGCCAACACAUUCACUACCCAAGCUGCACAACGGCUAGAAAUGUACUUGUACUACUGAAACACUUUACAGAUGUCUCUUUUUUACGACACGGAUAUAUAGAAUCUCGUGGCACUUUUCAGACUUCUCUAAAUGUGGCUUGUCAUUAACUUUUUGUAUUUUAAGACUUGGCUCAGUGCGAGUGUGGGGUGUUGAAUCACUUUGGACCAAACAAAAUGUCCAAGCACUUUGGAUUUAUAAGGCAGUAUAUAUCAGAAAGAGUAAAGCAGUAUUCAAGAGGGCAGCUAAGGACAGAAGGAAAAAACAACUAUUAUGCCAGUAAGCUGACCCAAACUCUGGCUAGUGCCCUGUCACACAUGCAAGGUAUUGAUGAUAUUGACACAGGUAUGAUAUUGAACAGAAUUAGUUUACAUCAGUGCUGUAUUUGUACAUAUCAUAAGUUAGAGACAUAUUCUUUACAUGCUCAGUGACCUUAGUAUUCACAGUAUUUUGUUGUGAUUUCGUCCUCAAAGCACAAAGGGUUUUACGUUUGAAACUGCUAAUCCCAAAAUGAAAAUUACGUGUGAAUUAAACACCAUGAUGUUUUACUAUUAAUCGCUGCCAAUUAUCACAAUAAAUGUUAUCAUAUGCCAGUUUACAUGUGCCGGGAAGAGAAGCUAGAUCAAUUGCCAUACAAUUUCAAAUUGAAAGCAAAAAAUUGAACAUAUUCACAUGGUUUUUCUUAAGACUGACAGGAACUGUACUGCACCAGCAGAAAUGUGCUUCAGGUGCGUCACAAUUAUUUCAUGGAUCUUGAAGAGAUGCCAAAUGGUAAUAUACAGUACAUAAGAUCAAUAUUGAAAUAGUUUGGGAUAUAAAUGAGAAAAUAUUAGAUGUAAUACAUACUGUUGGUAACCAUUGUUUAUCAGUGAUGUUUUGCCUCAAAGCUAAUACGUUUUCUUUGUUUUUCUCUUUACUACAGUAUUCAGCAAUUCUAAAAAAUAAUUGGUUAUUUAAUAUUUUUAUUAUUUCAGUUUGCACAAUGUACGUUACUGCUCAUUUAGGACAGAAAGGUAUAGCUAUAGAUCUAAAUAAAGAGAGAGAGAGAGAGAGAGAGAGAGUAUGAGGGAGAGUAUACAUUUGAAUUUUCCAAUUUUAUUGCACUAAGCUCUGCUGAGCAGUACACAGUAACCCUUUAAACUACAUAAAUAAAACAUGACAAAUUUUACAUUUCACAAUACAUUAGUUUUUGCCUUCUGUAUUAAUCCAUUGUUCAUUGUCAUUUCCAUCAGUAUAUGGAGCUGACAUUUAAAGCCAUCAUGGAAAGCUGCUUCAUUUUACUCUUUCUAUUCUUUUAACAGAUGUAUUCAUCUUUGACUGAACAGAAAAUGUGAACGUCCACUUUGUGCAAAGUAGCUAAGAUUGAAUACCUCUCAUAUCAUUCUUACCUGUUUGUCUGCACGAAAUAAUGUGACUGAUGGGAGUAAAAGCAACGAAACGGGAAUCCUUGUAGCUUUGUUUCAAAUAUUUAUAAUUCUGUAUUCAUGUUUUUUGCGUAUUUAAGGAAUUUUUCUGUCUUAUUUUGCUUCUACUGAUCUGGCAUAUCAGAUUAUUUACUGCUUAGCUCCAAUACUGUCAGUAGUAAUUGAACGUCAACCCUUGACAUGUUGAGCAGAAUACUGUACAGCUCGUCAGACUAUUUUCAUGUUUUUUGCUUGCGUAAAGAUGUUGUCACUUACAUUCUGUCCAUUGUUUAUGGUUUUCUCAUGCAGAUUGCUUUGGGAAUGUUUUUAAAAUAAUGUUUUCCUAAAUUUCUAGCCAUAAUUGGAAAGGAUAUGCAUAAUGUGCAUGUUAAAAAUCGCCUGCCAGAUUCCUUAUUUUUGACUAGUUCCCUGAGAUUUAAACCUGAUCGGCUGAUUACAGCUGUUGUAAUUUACAACAAUUUCUUUGUGUUAUUUUUUCCAGUAGUUUUAGAAAAACAUGGACCAUGCAUGUCCUAAUAUUGCCAAAUGUGUCAGAGAACCAUGUUUACAUUUGCUGGCUCCUGUUUUUGGAUUGUGCUGAACGAUCUUCUAAAUUUUGUACAAUUUCUUAAAUGAAGUCUGUACCUACAUAUAAGAAUGAAAUCAAUAAAUGCUGCAUGCAGCCAGAGAAA